UCACUACACUCCCUUCUCCCGAACUCCUCACGCGACCACCUCGCCGCCAGCUCAGGAACUCAGCCGGAGCCGCCGGCGCCGGCCCCAACCCACCUCGUAGCCACUCCAACUAGCCUCCCCCGCAACCGACUCCGGCCCAACGCCCUCCUCCUCUCCCGCGGCCGAGGCGGCGCCACCGCCGGGCUUCCGCUCCGAUCCCCGCGACUUCCCUCUGAAGGCGACGUCUCCUCCACGCGGUCCCACCCCUACCCUCAACCGGAAGACCUAACAUUCGGCGGGGCGCCCGCGCCGCCGCCAUCGGCCAUCGCCGGAGAAGACGCCGCCGCGCCACCGGGUUGGUGAACGGUCCAUAGGCUGUGUCCGGCUUUCACAGUCCACAGACUCCACAGGCAGUGUCCGUUUUCCACAAGAUCAUAUUCUCCACCUCGCCGAUGGCUAAUCUUUGCUUUUCCGUCGGUGUAUGUUUGUUGUUUGAUACUCUUUGGUUCAUCUAAUGUGGCUCAGGUUUACUCCCAACUGAUGUUACAUAGCCGGGUAACAGUUCUCUUUCUCUCUACCGCUCCAUGACACAGUCUUUGUCCUGAGGUGCUCCGAUCAGUACUGCUGCAAGGUACGGCCUUUGUUCUGCUCCUGCUCCUCAGGGCUACUCUCAUUAGCUAUGAAUGCAGCAUGCAAGUUAUGAACGUGCACUUCUUCAUUACAUUGGCUAAUUUGUAAUUGGUGCUUUGCAAAUAAUGUCAGCGGUGAGAAGUUAUGAUGAUGCUUUUUUAAGGCAACUGCAUCAAAGUGUAGCUCCUUCAAUUGUGCAACUGGCAGUUUUCAAUGCAAAAAGUACCCAAAUACCAUGCCAUCUUGGUACUGGAUUGGUAUUAUGUGUGACACCCAAUUAUAUUGGGGUAAUCACAUCUAUCAGUUGUGAUCCGAAAGAUGGUUUCAGAGUCGUUGCGAGAUUUGGUGAUCAAGAAGAUUUGGAGACAGAAGUUGUCAGAACAAGUUCAUUACUUUCUGCGUUGGUUGUGCGAGGAUGUAAUGUUCAGGCCAUACCUUGCAUUCCUACAUCGUUUCAUGAAGGCGACUUACCAGAGGCAGAUGUUGUUUUUUGUAUUGGAUGUUUUAGCAUUGUGAAAGAGCAGAUAAUGACUGCGGGAAUAAUCAGUGUAUGCGAAUUUGAAAAGGAACUGAGAGGAGAACAACAGGUUAGCACAUUUGUGCAUACCUGUCCGAUUGGGGAUGGGUUGAUGGGAGCACCUAUAUGUAGUCGAUUCGGAAAAGUUUUUGGAAUGAAUGUUGCUCGGACAGCACUGUGUUUAUCAAUUAAUUUUGCCCUGAACAAUAGUCAAUUAAAGGUUGAAUUGGCAAAACUAUUACAGAAUGAAGAUUAUGAGAUGUCAGCUCUUAUUGAGAAGUACGAUUCUGAAAAAACGAGUGCAUCGAAGAAGAGAAAGGGAAGGGGUGUUAGCAGUUCGCAAAUGUCAAGGUCACCAGUGAAGAGAAAGGCGGGUGGCAGUUCUUCGUCAAGAAGGGAGAGGGGUGUUGCCAGUUCGCAAAUGUCAAGUUUACCAGCGAAGAGAAAGGCGGGUGGCAGUUCUUCGUCAAGAGCGAUAUAAAAGAGGCUUUGUUUUGAUGGAGAUGGGCUUAGGCGGUUUGGGCUGAUUCGGAAAAGGUUUGAACUAGUUUGUUUUUGGGUUACAAAUAUUCGGAUCCAAAUUGGAGAAUAUUUGUCAUAUCUGUGGCUAUAUUGUUAGCCUUUAGAGGAGUCUGCCACACCUUUUAACUCAGAUGUCAUCACACAUGGAAGACUACAGGCAGUUCAUCAUGUGCCCUUUCUCCUGUCUAUCUUUGCAUAGCGUUUUUUCCCCCCUUUAUCUACUAUUUUUGUCUAAUGAGAAGCAACAACAUAUCUCUGCUUUAAUGCCUGCAUCUCAAUAGUCUCAAGCUGCUCGGCUAAGUGGCAAGUGAGAUCUUCAAUGCCGACCAUGGAUGGACAGCAAGGAUGGAACGCGUCUGGAGGGAUAAAGGAAGACUUUGAGGGAAAGAUGAUCUAGCUGAAAGCUGGAGUUGUUUUGUGAUAGACAGUGGCUGUGUUUGGAUUGGCCCAAAGUUUAGAAUUUGGUUGAAAUUGGAGACGAUGUGACUAAAAAGUUGUGUGUGUAUGAAAGGUUUGAUGUGAUGGAAAGUUGGAAGUUUGGAAAAAAAAUUGGAACUAAACACACCCAGUGUUGUACGUAGGCUAUCUCUGUGUGAAAAACCUGUAUACAUAUACAGCGUUGUACGAACAUAUUUGGUGGCUAGCAGUACAUAUACAGGUUGAUCAAGAGA